CGCCCCCGCCGAACCCUGGUUCCAGACACCGCCCAGUCUAAUUCUAUCACAGUCACGACAAGAAAGGGGGGAUUCGAAACCCUUCCGAGGCGAUGAUAGUUCGAACCUACGGCCGGCGCUCCGCCCGCUGCGGCGGCGGCGGCGGAGGUCGCUCUUCUUCCGACCCCGUCCUCCUCGACACCCCUGAAUCUGAAGGUGACUACGAUUCAUCUGCCGGUGACCUCGUCUUCGAACUCCCGCACUUCUCCCAGGAUAGCUCCUCCCAGGGCCGCCAUGCCGCUCCCUUCUCCUCCCAAGAUUCCUCAUCCCCUUGGUCUCUCGACCCUCUUGACGUCCCAGACGACUUUCCUGGCCUCCCUCCGUCCCUUCUUUUUCCCCCACCCCGCGGAUCGGAGGAUCCCGUGUUGGAAAGGGCGACGGAAGCUAGGGAUCCGGAGGACUUGGUCACUACGACAACGCUUAUGGAGGCUCAGGAGUUCGGGGAGAUGAUGGAGCAUAUGGACGAGGUGAAUUUCGCGCUGGAUGGGUUGAGACCGUGGCAGCCAGUGAGGGUUCGGCGGGCGAGCUUGCUGUCGUUACUAUCUGUGUGCAGCACGUUGCAGAAGAGGAGGCUUCUUCGUGUGAGGGGGAUCACUGCAAGGAUUGUUGAGGCUAUUUUGGAUGUUAGCUUAGAUGAUUCUCCAAGUACAACUGCGAUUGCUGCUAUCUUCUUUGUGUUGGCAAGUGAUGUUCAAGACAAUCAUUUGCUGGAUACACCAUCUUGCAUUGCCUUUCUUCUUAAGUUAUUGAAUCCAUCAAGUCUCAGUACCUCCAGUGACAAGGCUCCAACAUUUGGAUCUAAGAUUCUUGGGAAACGGAAGCCUCUAACUGAAGUUAGUGCAUCAUAUAAAGCAUUGGAUUCCACUGCAAAGACCAUUAUUUCAAAAGUUUCAGAAAUUCUUUUAACUUACAAAGAGAUAAAAUCCGACAACAAAAAUGGUGAAGGAAUAGAGAGGCCAGAGUUGAGUCCCAAAUGGAUAGCUUUAUUGACUAUGGAGAAAGCAUGCUUAUCAACUGUAUCAUUUGAAGAUGCAACUGAUGUGGUCAAAAUGCCUGGAGGAGUCUUCAAAGAAAAGUUGAGAGAGCUUGGCGGAUUGAAUGCAAUCUUUGAUGUUCUUUCUAGCUGCCACUCUACCUUGCUUACAUGCCACUCUUCGUCUUCAUUUGCUGAUUUAAAAGAAGAAUUAGUGUGUCAAAAUCUGCUACUGAUCUUGAAAUGUUUGAAGAUCAUGGAGAAUGCCACAUUUCUAAGUAAGCAAAACCAGAAUCACUUACUUGGAUUGAAAGAAAAAUUGAACUCAAGUGGUUCACAACAGUCCUUUGUUGCAGUCAUCAUCAGCGCCAUCAAAUUUUUUUCAGAUUUAUCCUUGCACCAGAGUAAUUUCAGCAACUCGGAGAAUGAAAAGUUAGUUUUUGAUGAUCAGACCUUUCAGAUGAAACCAAAAUUAAGAGAUGGCAGCGAUGAACCUUCAAGUAGUCAUUUUAGUGGAUGUUCUCGUAUCGGUAGUGAUUCUGAAGUAAAGGUCAUUAAGCUAGGUCUCAAACGGCAAAAGUCAUCAAAUUUCCAUUCAGAAGUGUCUCUUUCUGGUUCAGGAAAAGCAAUAGACUUCUCAGCCUCUCUUUCAUGUGUUAAAAUUAAUAGAUCAACUGGAGACAGCUAUGAAAAUGAUAUUGCUUUAAAGACAAAAAUAAAUUGCAGUGCUUCAAGGAUGAUUUCUAAUAGUACUUCCAGUCAAUGGAUCUCAAUAAAAACUAAUGGUGCCUCAAUGAAUUCUGAUAGCUCAUCUAAAAGACCUCAUCUGCAGAAAGAUGCCAAAGUUAAUUGUGAAGUGGACAUGGAUGAUCCGUUUGCAUUUGAUGAAGGUGAUUUAGAACCUUCAAAGUGGGAAUUGUUGGCAAAGAGUAAAGGUAAAAUCCAGGAUCGUAGAUGUGAUCUAGCAACAAAGGAACCAAUGAAUGGAUGCGAGCUCUCAGUAAUUUCAACAGAUGAUAUGUUAAGUCAAUUAACAAAUGAAGAAGCUCACCAAAGUAAUGCAACAUCAGAAAUUAAUGAAGAUUUAAGCCUUGUGGAUGACUGCCUGCUUACAUCUGUCAAGGUUCUUAUGAACUUAACAAAUGAAAACCCACUCGGGUGUCAACAAAUUGCUGCAUGUGGUGGACUCCAUACAAUGGUUUCUAUUAUAGUUAGUCAUUUUCCAUCAUUUGACUGUUUCUUUCAAAUGAAUGGUAAGCUGAAACAGAGCACCUCUACCGAUCUCAGUUGUGAUUGUCAUCUGAAAAACAAACAUCUUAAUGAUCAUGAGUUGGAGUUGCUGGUUGCGGUGUUGGGUUUGCUUGUGAACCUUGUUGAGAAGAAUAAUCAAAACAGAUUGAAUUUAGCAGAAGCUCACGUUUCAGCAAAGCGUCCAGGGAAAUCAGAAGAACUAGAGGCACAAAGGGAUGUAAUUCAAUUGUUGUGUGCCAUAUUUUUGGCACAUCAAGGAAAUAAAGAAGCUAAAGAUGAAACUACUUUUGUUUGUGAUGAAGAGUCAUUACUGAAAGGAGCAAAAGAGGCUGAAAUGAUGAUAAUUGAAGCUUACGCAGCAUUAUUGCUUGGUUUUUUGUCAGUGGAGAGUUCCAAAGUUCGCAAAGCUAUUGCUGAUUGCCUUCCAAACCGGAACUUGCAAGGACUAGUUCCCGUGUUAGAAAAAUUUGUGGCAUUUCAUCUGUCUUUAAACAUGAUAUCACGGGAAACUCACUCCGCCAUCCUCAAAGUGAUCGCCUCUUGUAAAGCUCCGUAAGAAAGAGAUCAUGUACAGUGUUCUUGGACUCCUGCUUUGUGGAAGUUAUCCUGUUCUCGUACGAUGAAGAGGAGGUUCGGUUCAUCUGCUCUGCUCUUGACUCAGAGGACUAACAGCAAUCUAUACCCUAUUUUUUCAUCACUUUUAUUUUCUCCUUUUUUUCUGCUUUUAUAUUAUUUCAUUUUCCUUGUGUGAUCACACGUGUACCAUGUAUCCAUAUAAUAAUAAGUCCUAGGUUGCAGUGUUUUUCCUUUUUCUUUCUGUUAAAAUUGGAUCAUAUAGUUGUGCUUAAUGAUAGCGGUAGGUCCGGUGUAAAAA